UAUUCAUUUGAAGAUGUUAUGAGUGCCGGCGCGCUUCGUCCGGCACGCACACGAUGAGCGCGCAUCGCACGCAACAGAUCUAUCCACAAACAACACAUCUUGUUUAAUCGUAAACGUUUAGGAUUCAAGUGACAUCUUGAGAGUAAAUUAAGAUUAAAUAGCGUUGAAGACUUAACCUCAAAUAAACAAGAACACAUGUUUCUGCUAUAAUGAUAAAUAAAUGGAUGUAAAUUGAAGCACAUUGUGAAUAAAUAAGUGAGAAUUAAUUCAAUUAAUAUUAAUAAUUAACCAGCAAUAAAAAAGUGACUAUUGGGUGUGAAGCAAUAAAGAUGCGAGCAUUUAUUUAUCAUGAUUACUUUUUAUUGACUAUUUUUAUAGUUUCCAAUGUAAUUCUUGUACAUUGUGAACCUGGACCUGGCACAAUCUAUUAUCGGAAACCAACGAAAUUAGUUUUCUAUAAAAAGUUCCCACCGGUACUAAUCUACCCCAAGAGAACAGAUGAUGAAUUCUCCAGCAAGUCAAACAAUGAUCAUCAAGAUUCAUCAAGUUAUGAGAAAAAUGGUGCUGAUAUUGACCAUGAUCAUGAUUUAAUGCCACAAAGCGGCCAUAUUGGACAUAGUUACUACACUUCUCCAAACCAUAUCGACAACCAACUUGUAAAAUACGGCCAGUCUGAUAAAUAUUUCCUACUGAAUCCAAACUUUUUGGAGCAUCUGAUACAAUCCGAGGAGAAAUUCUACGUGAGAGAAGUGGAAAAGAAGCCGAAAUAUGAUAACUGGUUGACGUGGUUGUUUGGUAUUGAAAGUCACAAGGAGAAGUUUUUGCAUAACCACAAUUUUGAGCUGGGACCUGCAAUGAGUUACGCACAUUUUGCUGAUACAAAGUUUCAUAAUGAACCUGUUUAUACGUAUCAUCCGAAAAAGCCUUUGAAUAUUGUUCCUAUUGAACACCAACAUCAUGAACUUGGUGAUAAUAUUCAUCAUUUGCAACAUGUUGAUAGUAUUCCACAUAUACAUCAUCAGCAUGAUGAUGUUAAGCCUGUUGUUGAACAUAUUGAAGGUGAUAUCAAGUAUGAUUUUCGGACAAAAACACAUAGUUAUGAUAGAUAA